UGACAUAUUUCAUUUAAAAUUAAUUCUUUUUACUGGAGGAGGGUUACAAAAAAUGUUCCCGAAGAGAAUUGUACGCGAUGGGGCCUGUAGGACAAAUUGUCAAAAUUUUAUUCUAUAUAUUUCUGAUUACUGAAUUGGUUUUCUCAGUUGUAAUUUAUGGCAUGGCGACGAUACUUUUGUGCUCGAGAACAUAUAUGCCUGAACCUGUUUUGAUACAUGGUACUAUUGCACUCUUUUUAUCUAUCGUUACUUUGAGUGUCAUUCAUAGAGGAUUUCAUGCUGUAGGACAUGAUUGUCCGUUCCAUUUGUACUGGUUUGCAGUUAUUUUCAUCGUGAUCCUCUUGGUACAAUUCUUAUUUGAAAUGUUUGGAAUCCGAGCAACAUCGAGACAAAUAUGGUAUCAACAACAAUCUUUGCCAAUUCAAGAAUUACCAGGAGAAAAGUUCGAACUUGAGAUUAGUGUGGAAAAUUCUUCGAUUCAAGAUCCUGAUAAAAUGGCGUAUAGAGUUCCGACAAACGAUGAAUUAGAAGCACGUAAACGUCAAUUAUAUGGACAAAAAAAUGACGCGCAUGAAUUUGAAAGGAGACAUAAAACUAGGUGGAAUCCAGUUCACCCAAAUGUUGAAGAUGAUAAGGAAAUACAACUACCCCUGUAUCCUGUCCGGAAAUCCCCUCCAUACAGAAGACGAAUUGGUGGUCGGCAUAAUUUUGAUGCUAAAGAACACAGAUUCGGACACGACGACGUUCCUCAGAAAGAUAAAGGAAUACACUUGAAUGAACCGCGACUGAUGCCAAUAAACGAGACUGAAGAUAAAUUAAAAAACUCGCCUCUGGUUUUAGUUUUUCAUGGCUAUAGCUUCAUACUAAAGAUGGUUUGUGUGGCAUUGGCGAUACUUACUGGAUUCAUGUAUCAAUUAGAAUAUGUUUGAAUAUACAAUUAUUAUUUA